AUGGCCUUGGAGGCGGCGAGAACCGUGAAGGAUGUGUCGCCGCACGAUUUCGUGAGGGCUUAUGCUUCGCAUCUGAAGCGAUCGGGGAAGGUUAGACGCUUCUCUCUGUUUCUGCGCGUGAUUGUUUUUCGAUGUUUGCUGCUUGGGCUGUGAUGUGCCAUCCCUCCUUCUGUGGGAUCGAUCCUGAGAUUUCAUUGCCCUCCUGUAUCCUUCAAGAAAUGUGUUAUCCUGCCAAUGGUGAUGUCUCGUUUUGGGUUCUAGUUGACCCUGUUUCUUAUACCUCUGAGUGUAUGACCAGUCUCUGUCGUCGUAUAUUUUCUUGUAUAGCUUGUGAUUUUCUACCUUACAAUUCACUUCUUUCCCUAGCUUAUUGUCUCCUUAUCUACUCAAACAUCUCCCCUGCCGCUUGGAUCGUGGUGAAGUUUUCGAAAUGCUGAAUGUACGUAAAAUUAAGACUUACAAAUGGUGAACUUGCUUUAAGCGGAUAGGCACUGACGCUCUCUUCCCAAUAAGUUGAUCCAGUGGUGUGAAAACUUGUCUAAUUCGCCUAUCCAUAUGUUUCUUUUGCAUACAUCCGACUAAAACGAAUAGUUGGGAUCUUUACCGUGGUCAAGGCAUCUAUGCAUCGUAUUAGCGCAUACGAUGUUGAAGGAAGCGGGUUAUCUCGUUGUAUUUCCAGAAGGGGUGCCCUGGUUCUCAUAAAAACAAGAUUAUCCAAUCUUUUUUAUCUAUUUUAUGCUAUCGAUCACGUUGAUCAUUAACCAAUUGUUGGUACCCGUAUCGAUUGUUGGAGGCCGUGUUUACAAUAUAACUUUUAGAUUAUUUAUGGUCGUGGAUCAUCAUUUUUGGGAGAUCAACAAAUGAUCAUAUAGAAUUGUGUUAUAAAGUAAUUAUUGUGAGCCACUUGAAUCAAAAAAAAUAAAAUCGUGUACCACAUAAUUAAUUAAUGACGACUUGUAAUGUAAUUAGAGAGGAGCCGUCAGCGAUGUACAACUCUGGAUGAGCCAGAGUUCGAACCAUGUGCCAGUACCUAUGUUGUUGUACACGUGCCUAAUCUAUAAUUUUGUCAGUAUGACCCUCUUUGCAUUGUUUAGUACUGACUUCGGUGCUUCAUUCUGAAUAGGUCGAGCUUCCUCCCUGGACUGAUAUCGUGAAGACUGGGGUUCACAAGGAGCUUGCUCCAUACGAUCCUGACUGGUACUACGUGAGGGCUGGUAGGAAACACAUUCUUCAUAUACUUUCGGGUUAAGGCCGAUUUUUAUUUUUAUUUUUGCGUCCAAGAUGCUUAUGUAUUUAUUAUUGUAUGUGCGUGCAGCUUCCAUUGCUAGGCAGAUUUAUCUGAGGCAGGGAUUGGGUGUCGGUGCCUUUCAGAGGAUCUAUGGAGGGCGCAAGAGAAAUGGUUCCCGUCCCCCGCACUUCUGUAAGAGCAGUGGUUCUAUUGCGCGGCACAUCCUUCAGCAGUUGCAACAAAUGGGCAUAAUUGAUCUUGAUACCAAGGGGUGAGUUUGGGCGUAUCUUAGAGAAAACGUAGAUCAUUUACGCUGGUUGAUGGGAGACCCAUAAAACGAACAUUUAAUUCAGUAAUAGUAAGUGACCACGGUUUCUACGGGCUUAUAUCAUUUUAUUCUCAGCUUCAUCUCCACCUGGACUGUUGAUUAAAAAAAAUGAUGUUACAUAGGUUUCCAGACAGUAUUCCUUCAAUAUAUGCAUCAUGAUUUCUGUUUUGGGCAUGAAAUGUUUACUCUUUUUUAUUUUUUUUGGUGCAGAGGGAGAAGAAUCACAUCGCAGGGCCAGCGCGAUCUCGAUCAGGUGGCUGGGCGGAUUGUGGUCGCCCCAUGA